CCGGCAUUCGUUCGCGAGAACUUGGCUCUCAUCACAUCUUUUGGCACCACAGUUUGAGGGCAUCAGCAUCUCUCACUACUUGGUCCCUAUAUAUUAAACUUCUUCUCGUGUCGCGUAAAUUUAACAUUUAUAACGGCGGCAAAAGAAAAUAAUGUUGUUUUAGUUUGCGUUUGAAUUUAAAUUGUGAAAGUGUGCCCGGAUAUUUUUCGAAAUAUGGGGGCUUUUAAGGAACCUUGGAGACUUUUAUGGGUGUCCGUCCUAGUGGUGUCUGUUCUUUUGGCCUACGAUGGAUUGGGAACAGUUGGGGCCGAAUCUCAGGAGGAGUCGGACCUAAUAUUCGAUAGUUUAGAAGCAACAAAUUUAAAAAACCAUAGGUUAGCACGGUACAGUAGCUUUAGUCAUGAAUCUAGUCAAGAGGCAGAAGAUGAUCAACAUUGGUUGUCUAGAACUGUAAAUAGGAUAAAACGCAGCAUAGGCAAUAUAUUUUCCAAUGAUGAAAAACCCCAUGAAGGAAGCCAACAUGGUAAAGCGGCGUCCCAUCAUAAAGGAAAAAGUCUUCAGGAGCACCAAAAUAUCAGGAAGCCAAGACAGUUUGAUGAUGAAUAUAGAGAUGAAGACAUUGACGAUCCAGAUGGUCAAGGUCAAGUUGAGUAUGGAAAUUAUGACACAUAUGGUGGUCAAGAAACUGAAGAAGACCAAGAUAACAAUCUGUUUAACCACGGACAAUUUGCCUUUCCAUCUUUUGAUGAAUACGAUCACCCAGAAAACGGCGCAGGCAUUGACGACGAAGAUACCGAAGACUUUGGAUCAGGUAAAGAUGGAGGUUCGGGAGAAAUAGAACAUGGAGAACCAGCAACAACGACAUCCAGCACUGAUGAUAGUACAUCCAUCAGCUAUUACAGAUUCACCGUGGCAAUUGAAGAGUUCUAUCAAGAAUAUUUCAGAAACAGAGACACCAGAGAGUUCCAAGAAGUAGCACGUAGAAUGGAAGAAGGAAUAAAUCAACUUUUGGCAGAUACAAAGCGCGGAAAACGAAGCUGUACCGUUAUUAGUAUUGAAGAGGAUAAGUCAGAAAAAUUCAGAUGUCUUGUAACAUUCGACAUUGUCUCGACUGCCAAAGAUAACGAAGAAGACAUCAAGAACCGCAUCUAUCGCCAGAUUGAAGAACAAGGCACAUUAGGAAGUUACCCAGCAGUAACAGACGGAUUUUCUUUCCUACCAUUUGGAGACGAACCGCCACGAUGUGAAGAAAGCCAGGUAUCUUGCAAAAAUACCCAAUGUAUACAUUCAAGCGCAAGGUGCGAUGGGAAAAGAGAUUGUAGUGAUAAUUCUGAUGAAAUCGGUUGUCCCGUUGUACCUGUAGAAGUAACCACACACCUUGUCUCCCCUUCAGAAGAUACAACUAUACCACAUUUACCGGAAAUAUUCACAACUCCUACAACAACUACGACAACUACUACUACCACGACCACACCAGAACCAGAUGAAGAUUUUGGUAGUGGAGAUGGUGAAGAAGUCAGACCUACGCAAUUACCUGAGAGGACAGAUGAUAUUAAUGAUUGUGCGGAUGGUUUUGGAGUUUAUUAUGGUGAUCAGAGAUGCGACGGUACGCGGAACUGUCAAGAUGGUUCGGACGAGGCGAACUGUGGUCCGAAAUGCAUGCAAGGAGAAUUCAGCUGCGAUGUUCAUAGAUGUAUUCCAGUCAGUAAUCGAUGUGAUGGUAUAAUGCAGUGUGAUGAUGGAACUGAUGAACAAGAAUGUGAUGAUUGCUCCCACUCUAAAGAUUCUUUCCAUUGCGACAACCGUACUGUUUGCCUCUUGAGUGCAAAGGUUUGCGAUGGAUCUGUGGAUUGCAGGGACGGAACUGACGAACAAAAUUGCACAGUUGCACAAUGCUUACCAUCAGAAUUCAACUGCGGUGGUGGACAGUGCAUCCCAAGCUACCUUAGAUGUAGUGGAACACCAGAAUGCAGUAAUGGGGCUGACGAACAAGACUGUUCUGGACCAGGUGAAUCAUGCUUAGAUUCAGAAUUUAGCUGUGGCGAUGGCGAAUGUAUACCAAGCCACUUAAGGUGUACUGGAACUCCAGAAUGCAGAAACGGCGCAGACGAAGAAGGUUGUCCUACACAAGGAGGGGGACGAAGUAAUGACACGUUUACUUGUGGUACUGGUCAAGUGAUUCCUAUGAAAAAAUAUUGUGAUAGACAAUAUGACUGUGACGACCAAAGCGACGAGCGCAACUGUCCAUGCUUAGACUCUGAUUUCCACUGUGAAAACGGAUUUUGCAUCGAGUAUAGGCAGAGGUGUGAUGGUGUAAGGCAAUGCCAAGAUGGAUCUGAUGAAGUUGGCUGCGAAAGUGAACUAUGCAGUCACUAUCAAUGGCAGUGUCAUGACAAGCAAUGCAUUGAUCAGAUCUUCAGGUGCGAUCAUAAACCAGAUUGCAAUGAUGGCAGCGAUGAGAUUAAUUGUACUUUUUGUGGACCUGAAAGUUUCCGUUGUGAUAAUGGUUCUUGUAUCCCGAUUAGUAAACGAUGUGAUCUAGUAGGAGAUUGUCCUUAUUCAGAAGAUGAAGAGCAUUGUGAAACGAGCGCCUGUACCUCAGGAGAAUUUAAAUGUCGCAAUGGACAAUGCAUAUUAAAAGACCAACGUUGCAAUAGCUAUCCAGACUGUACUGACGGUAGUGAUGAACACGAAUGUGACUUAACAGUAGACUGCCUGCCCGAUUUCUGGAAAUGCGAAGAUGGGCUUAAAUGUAUUAGAAAUAAUAGCCUUUGUGAUGGAAUGCCGCAUUGCUUAGAUGGUAGCGACGAAAAGGUAUCUAAUUGCUUUUGGAUAGAAAUUCCUAGCUAUGGUAAUACUAUUACAGAUGCGCACGCGUCCAUCUGCGAUCCGAUCACCGAGUUUACAUGCGCCGACGGUGUGUGCAUCGAUGCUUCAUUUUUUUGUGACGGCUUUUACGAUUGCAACGACAAUUCCGAUGAGCACAACUGUCCGGAACAGGGAUUCAAUGGAACUGACUGUCAUCCGCACCAAGUUCGCUGUAUUGAAGGUACUUGCGCUAUCCCAUGCGAUGGAGUAGUAGAAUGCGCAGACAGAUCAGAUGAAUCGAAUUGCGUAAAUUGUAGAGCUGAUCAGUUUCAAUGUAGAAGUGGAGGAUGUGUUGAUAUUAGGUUAAGAUGUGAUCAUUUGACGGAUUGUGCUGAUAAUUCUGAUGAGGAAAAUUGUGGGGUUUGCUACCCAGAGCAAAUCCGCUGUAGAGAAGGCAGCUGCGCUUUUCCAUGCGAUGGAAUACCAGAAUGUGCUGAUAGAUCUGAUGAAUUAAACUGCACAAUGUGUAGAACCGAUCAGUUCCAGUGUCAAAGUGGAGACUGUAUUGAUAUCAGAUUGAGAUGUGACCAUAUCAGAGACUGUCUCGAUAAUUCUGAUGAAAAAGAUUGCGGUGGUUGCGAAGAAGACGAGUUUGACUGUGGAAAUGACAUUUGUGUGGAGAACUCAAGACGUUGUGAUGGAUCGGAAGACUGUCCAGAUGGCAACGAUGAACAAAAUUGCGUUGGUGUAACAUCUCCGCAACCUGCCGUCUGCAAACCUGAUGAAUUUGACUGCGGUGGUAAUAGAUGCAUUAGCCAAACAUUCCGCUGCGAUGGUUAUAACGACUGUGAAAAUAAGGCUGAUGAACUUAAUUGCGAAUGUCAACCAAGCGAGUUCCGCUGCAAUAACGGCCAAUGUAUACCAGGGUGGUAUGUUUGUGAUGGCAUCGAUCACUGCUCCGAUGGGUUUGACGAAUCUAAAUGCACGACAACUUGCUUACCUAGCGAGUUUAAGUGUGAAAGAGAUAACAGAUGCAUACCGCAUACACAAAUAUGUGAUCGAGUGCGGCAAUGUUCUGAUGGGGCUGAUGAAGUUGGAUGUCCCUGUUCUAGUGAUGAAUUUCAAUGCUCAAACGGUCAAUGUAUCGCGAUGCGAAACCAUUGCGACCGUCGUGCAGAUUGUAAUGACGGUAGCGAUGAAUAUAACUGUGCCCCUCCCACAGAAAUACCACCGAGCAGCUGUCCAUUCGGAUAUGUCAACUGUCAUUCCAACGAUCAAUGUAUACCGAGGAACCAGCUCUGCGAUGGAAGGGUUGACUGUAGAGAUAUGUCUGAUGAGGCAAAAUGCGAUGGUGAUGCUAAGGGACUACAACUAAGAACUUACCCCAACCAACAAGAUAUCAGAGAAAAUCAAGAAGUAGUAUUCCAAUGCCGUGACGAAGGCGAAAAUCGUGCCAGAGUCGAGUGGAGAAGAGCCAACGGUCUGCCAUUGCCUGAAGGAUCCAGGGACAUCAACGGAAGAUUGGAAAUGCCAAACAUCAGAUUGGAACAUGGCGGUACUUACGUUUGUGUUGCCAAGGAUUAUCCGCCAGGUACUCCUGGUGCUGAAGUAGAUGUCCAAUUGCACGUCGAAAAAACUCCCACCAUUUACGUACCCCCACCAGUAAACUGUUACGUUAACGAAUCAACAUGUGGAAAUGGAGAGUGCAUACCUAGAAACAAAGUCUGCGAUGGCACGUUUGAUUGUAGUGACGGAUCAGAUGAGAUUAGAUGCCAGGCCCAAUGCGAACCAAACGAAUUUAGGUGUGACAACAAAAAAUGCGUCUUGGCAGUCUGGAAAUGCGAUGGGCAAGAUGAUUGUGGAGACGGCUCCGAUGAACGCAACUGCGCACAACCCAAACCCGGACAAAAAUGCAGUCCUCAGCAGUUUACUUGUUUGAACGAACAGUGCAUUCCGAGAUCGUUCCAUUGUGAUGGACAGCCAGACUGUAUUGAUCGUAGCGACGAAAUUGGAUGCAGAGAACCAGUUAUUGCCCAACCACCACCACCAAUGACAAACCUAAAUGUAGGUCAAACCUACACAAUUACUUGCAGAGCAGUUGGUGUGCCUACGCCUCACAUCAUGUGGAGGCUAAACUGGCACCACGUACCACUCAAGUGUGUCAUGACCAGUGAAGACGGAUUUGGUACUUUGACUUGUGACAAUAUCCAAGUAGAAGAUCAGGGAGCGUAUACUUGCGAGGCCAUUUCCACUAUUAAAUCUGUAAUGGCGACUCCAGAUAACAUUUUAGUUGUUAACAGGGAAACGGUAUGCAGCCAUGGAUAUUUCAACGUGGAAGCCAGAACUGAGAGCGAGUGCAUUAAAUGCUUCUGUUUUGGACAUACUAGUAGUUGCAGAUCGGCAGACUUGUUUGUGUUUCAAUUCCAGCCACCAUUCGACUCCCGCAAGCUCUUGGGGGCACGUAUCGAUCCACGGACUGGAGUUGUAGAUAUCAGAGACGAACCAAUUUACAAAGGAAUAGAACCAUCACUCCAAGAAAUCGGAAGAAACGGUGUGAGAGCCUGGUUGCCAUACUACGCAGAGCUAAACCAACCAAAUGUGGUUCCUUACUUUGCAUUACCGGAGAACUACCAUGGUAAUCAGCUAAAGAGUUACGGAGGAUAUUUAAGAUAUACUGUCAUACAUGGAAAUCAGGGUAGACCUGUGAUUGGACCGGAUGUAAUUUUGACGGGCAACGACUACGUACUUUUGCACCAAGCCCGUUUACCACCAGAACCUCAAGCCAGAACCGACCAAAGAGUUCGCUUCUUCGAAGGUGAUUGGAUAAUCAAAUCGGCGAAUCAACAAGAACGAUAUGCCAGCCGUGAAGACAUUAUGAUGGCCCUAGAGGAUGUUUCCAAUAUUUUAAUUAAGUUGGAAUACAACGAGGGAGUCUUGAACACCACAUUAUUGAACAUUGAAAUGGAUUCGGCUGCCGUAACUGACAAUGGCUUAGGAUUGGCAAGUUAUGUGGAAGAAUGUUCUUGUCCUGUCGGUUACACUGGUAGCUCUUGUGAGAGUUGUGCAGAGGGUUACAGCCGUCACGAAUCUGGUCGCUGGCUCGGACAAUGUUCUAAAGCUGUAGACUGUCCCAUGGGAAGCUACUUUGAUGGCGGACAAUGUGAACCAUGUCCAUGUCCAUACACAUCACCUAGCAAUCAGUUUGCAAGAUCUUGCCACAAGAGUACAGAUGGAAAUGUAGUUUGCGAUUGUCAACAAGGUUAUACUGGGCUUAGAUGUGAACAUUGCGCUCCCGGAUAUAUUGGUAAUCCGCUUACUCCUGGCGAUGUUUGCAGGCCACAGUCCUAUUGUGAUCCUCAGGGAACAUUGGGACAGGAUCCUAAUGGACAGUGUCUUUGCAAGGAAUACACUACUGGACAAUAUUGUGAAUACUGUAAGCCUAACACAUUCUACUUGAGCACCAAAAAUCAGUUCGGUUGUAUAUCAUGCUUCUGUAUGGGAGUGACUCAGCAAUGCUCUAAAUCUGAUUGGUACAGAGACUCGAUAACAUCAGUUUUCACCAGCUCCACCAACGACUUUAAAUUAACAGACAUUUAUAAAGAAAACUCCUUUAGUACCGGUAUCAAGCUUCAACCAGAAACAAGGGAAAUUAUUUAUAGAUCCUUUGGACAACCAGAGAUUUACUAUUGGUCCUUACCAAACAAGUAUCUUGGCGACAAAGUGACAUCUUACGGAGGAUAUUUGACAUAUGUUGUAAGAAAUACUCCUGUACCGGGAGGUGCUAGUUCCAGAAAUAACGCCCCAGAUGUAGAACUGAUUAGUGAAAACCAUAUAAAUCUACAAUACUUUUCCACAAAUAUUACUCAACCGACUAAUACUCCUCAAACCUUUACGGUACCGCUUUUGGAACAAUACUGGCAAAGGAACGACGGUCAGAAGGCUGACAGAGAACAUCUUUUGAUGGCGUUAGCUGACGUCAAAGCAAUUUACAUUAAGGCUACAUACUUUACUAAUACAGAAGAAGCAGCACUCAUCUCGGUUUCAAUGGAUAUAGCAACAGAAACGAACACUGGCAGAGAACGCGCACAUGAAGUAGAACAGUGCCAUUGUCCGGUGGGAUAUACAGGUCUCUCUUGUGAAGACUGCGCUUUUGGCUACACCCGUUCUGAGGACGGAAUCUAUUUGGAACUUUGUAGACCGUGCGAAUGCAACGGAUUCUCAAACGAGUGUGACCCUGAGACUGGUGUCUGCAGAAAUUGUCGGGAUAAUACUGCGGGAGAUCAAUGUGAGCUAUGCCUGCCGGGAUAUACUGGCGAUCCGUUAAGGGGAACUCCUUGUACUCGUCACGAUCCUUCAGGAGGGGACUCUUGCAAUUGUGAUCCUAGAGGGUCUACCUACAAUGGAUGCGUUAAUGGACAAUGUCAGUGCAAGGCUAAUGUAGAAGGACCAUACUGCGAUAGAUGCCGCAAUGGAACCUUUGGCCUAAGCAGCCAAAACAUUGACGGUUGCGAGUUUUGCUUCUGCUCCGGCGUUACCUCAGAAUGUAGCGAAAGUCAACUCUACAUAGAGCAAAUCCCGAUCCAAAUAACUGACUUACAUAGAUUUAUUUUAACCGAUCAAUACUUUAAGGAGACUAUAAGAUCAGGCUUUAAAGUAAGUCUGGCUUCCAACGAAAUUGGAUUCACAUUCCCUCCAAGUCAACGAGGAAGAUUUUACUGGUCCCUUCCAUCCACAUUCACCGGCAAUCAAAUUAAAUCUUACGGAGGCAAGUUGGAGUAUAUGCAACGUUACAUUGACCUGCCCCAUGCUAAGUACUACCUGGACAAAGACAUUAUUAUUACCGGUAAUAAUAUGGUCAUAUAUUGGACAAACCCCGAAGCUUUGAAACCUGAGAGAGUCAAUAGUGUGAGCGCUAGAAUCCAUCCGUCAGCCAAAUGGUUCCGUUUAGACCAAAAUAGGUCGCCAAAAUCUGCAUCUAGGGAAGAUAUUAUGACUGUUCUGGCAAGUAUUGAUACCAUUUUAAUCAGAGCCACUCCAUCAACGGAUACUUCAAGUACAUUCUUGAGCGAUAUUACUUUGGAUACUGCCGUUGAUGUUUACACCUCAAAACCAAAAGCCACUAGCGUCGAAAGCUGCGGAUGUCCUCCGGGCUACAGAGGCACUUCCUGCGAAUCCUGUUCGUCAGGCUUCUACAAGGACUUCUCUUAUGCCGACACUAAUCCUAUGGGAACUUGUCGCAGAUGUCCCUGCAACAACAGAGAAGAGAGCUGUAGAUUUGAUGUUUUGAUGGGCAGCGUGGUAUGCACCUGCUUACCAGGAUUUACCGGAAGAGAAUGCGAGUCUAAAGUACCAGACAUUCCCCCAGCAUCCGAAAAUAAAGUUAACCUCCAAGUAAGCAUGACUCCUAGCAAGAUAGCUGCACCGAUAGGCACCCAGGUGGCUCUCACUUGUGCCUACAAAUCCGCCGUUCAUCUUACUGAUGCUCUGAAUAUCGUGGUCGAAUAUGAAACUACCGGAAAUCGCUACCCUAUGCCGGUACAACAACUAGAGAAUGGUGGUCAGACGGCUUUUUAUACCGCGGUCGGAUGUGUGGAGCAGUACAUUAAAUGCAUUAUACUGAGAAGAAAUGUCACCUUGGGAGUGGUUAGGGUGAAAGUGGAACCAGCUGAGAUCAUUACCAUACCACCAGGACCUCAUCCAAAACCACAAGAGCCCACCCCGGUGCCUCCUACCAUCGACGUAACUAUCACUGGACGGAAUAUUGAGAUUUAUGAACUGGGUAGUAACCUUGUAUUAAACUGUUCAGCUGUAUCAAGAGUUUCGCAUAGAGUUAAUAUUACCUGGUCCAAAGACCACGAACAUCUACCGUACAGGGCAAUCGAUAUAGGCGAUGGCACUUUAAUGAUUAGAAAUUUGACAGCUGCUGACUCUGGCCGCUACAUUUGUACUGCUGAAGAUGGCUAUUCUGUAGUUACUGAAAGUGUCAACGUAGUAGUAGGAGGACAAGAUACACGACCCGAAGUAUCACUAUUUCCCUCAAACCUCCAAGCAAGUGAAGGACAACUUAUCGAAAUUAAGUGUGUGGCCACCGGCGUUCCUAAGCCUGACUUCUUUAUUUCUAGAACUGAUGGGCAAUUAUUAAAUCCCAGCCAUACAUUUAACGAGGGAAUCUUCAGAAUUCUACAAGCAAAAUCAUCCGAUAUGGGCCAGUACCAAUGUACUGCCGUAAAUAGAGCCGGGCAAAAUUCUAGGAGCUUCGAAAUAUUCAUCACUGCUGGAUCAGUACUACGUGUGGAAAUCGAACCUCGUGAUGUGGAGGCAAGAUCUGGUGAUCAAGUGGUACUUCGUUGCAUGGCAGAUAGAGCAAUUAAUAUUCGUUGGUCAAAAGAAGGUGGUGCCCUGCCAUACCAAUACAGAGAGCAAAACGGUCAGUUAACAAUUCCAAAUGCUCAACCAACAGACUCUGGUAGAUUUAUUUGUACGGCAACGUCUGCUGAUGGUACCCGUGGAACUCAAAGUGCCAUAGUUAACGUCAGAGGAGGUGGAGGAGUUCACCCGACAGCCAGAGUAACACCAGAACAAUUAACUGUACGUCAAGGAGAUACGACCGAGAUCCGUUGCGAAGCAACUGGAGCACCCACUCCCACGGUUAAAUGGACCAAAUUGUAUAGCGACAUGGGCAGCAACGUGGAACAGAUCGGAAAUAGUCUGUACAUCAGGAAAGCCCGGUUCGAGGAUAGGGGAGUGUAUGUGUGUAUGGUGGAGAACAAUCUUGGAUUAGAACAAGCGGUGACCACAGUUGAAAUUUCUCGUUUUGAAGUUCCAUUAGUACAAAUAUAUCCAGAAGGUAGACAGUCUGUAUCAGCAGGAAAUGGCGUACAGCUACAAUGUAGAACGGUCCAAGGACACCCAACGCCAACCAUUACUUGGAGUAGAGAAAACGGAAGACCUUUCAGCCCAAAUGUAGAGAUUAUGACUGGCGGAGUACUAAGAAUAAUGGACAUAACGCCUAACGAAGCUGGAGAAUAUGUUUGUUCGGCAACAAACGAAGCUGGAACGGCGAAAUCUACCACUUACAUCCAAGUUAUCAGCCCCCCUACCUUAACAAUCGUUCCAAACCAAGAAAUUAUUGUAAAAGCAGUAAACGAGUACCUAAAACUGGCUUGUUAUGGAACCGGACAACCGUUGCCUGCUGUUAGGUGGGCCAAGGCUGAAGAAAUUGACUACCUGCGUAGCACUAUCCAUACAGCAAACACAGAUGCCGCACCUGCUUUCUUGGAGUUCACAAGACUGACCCCUGAGGAUGCGGGCGUGUAUGUUUGUAUUGGUCAAAAUGACGCAGGCACCGAAGAAAAGCGAGUCCAAGUUGACGUUUUACCUGAAAGAGGUGAUAACCCCGGUGGAAGAUAUUAUCCAGGAGGAGAUCAAGGCAGUUCGCCGUCAGAUAUCAAUACCUUUGACGCGAUAGCUGGAGCACGCGCAGAAAUACGUUGCAAAGUAACGACAAACGAUGAUUCAAGGCAAUACGUAGACUGGAUUAGAUCAGGUAACAAAACUCUCCCGGAGAGCGCCUACACCCUGCAAGGAACUUUAUACAUUGAUAACGUACAGCCAGAUGCCGCUGGUGACUAUGAAUGUGUAACCUACGAACUACCAUCACGAACAGUUUUGUAUAGAAUCAGAAGCAGGUUGAGGGUUCUCGCUCUACCUGAGAUCAGUCUGGAACCAAAGAACCAAACUGUGGAACCUGGACAAAACGCGUUUAUCCGAUGCGUAGUUACCGGAGGAGAACAGCCAGUAACUAUUCAAUGGUUACCAGUUGGCAGAUCCAUGCCCUCUUCCGUUUAUACCACCGACGGUUACAUCCGAUUUGAGAAUAUUCAUCCUAACGAUGCGGGCAAAUAUCGCUGUGUAGCUAAAAAUAACGCUGGUGAAGCUGACUCUGUUGCUGAAGUUAAAGUUGCUUAUCAACCAGCUUCUCAACGUCCAACAAUUGAAGCCGAGAACCAUGUGGUUCAGUCUCCCCUAGGAAGCACCGUCAAACUCGUAUGUCGCCCUGGUGCCGGAACUGAGAGCUAUCCAGUGACGUGGUAUAGAGACAACGGACCUCUACCUGCAAAUUCGAGAUUAGAUGGUACUGUAUUGCACAUAUUUAACCUCGAAAGGGAAGACGAAGGACAGUACUAUUGUGAAGUAGCGACCGCGUCCGGACAUGCGAAAGAUUAUGUGAGGCUUGUUGCUGUUGUUUCCCCGAAUGCGCCGUGUCAGUCCGGCUGGUGGAGGUGUAACAACGGCUUCUGCAUUUCCGAGGAGAUGCGCUGCGACGGCAAAAAUGACUGCGCAGACAACUCGGACGAGUCACCCGAAGAGUGCAAACACAGGAGUUCAAGGGGUCCAGAAGUAAAAUCACUCCCACCAAACCCGGCUCUCCAUAUUACCCCCGAAGAAGCCGAAUAUCUUGUGGGAGCAGACAUCGACUUAAAAUGCCAAUCGAAUGAACCCGGAGUAAUUCCUUUAUGGAGUAAAAUUGGUGGCGGACUGGCUGAUAAUGUCCAGAACCGAGCUGGAAGACUGAUGAUUUACAAUGCACGUCUGGAAAAUGCCGGAGCUUACAGGUGUGACGCCCACGGAGACAAGGGACAUUAUUAUAAGGACUAUAACGUAAAUAUUAGAGCUCCAGACGACCAAAAAGAUGAAGUUCCUAUUCAAGUUCAAAGGGCUAAGAGGAAAGCUUCAGUAAUCUUGGAAUGCAAUACCGAUUUCGAUGAACCUGUGACAUAUUUGUGGAGUAAACAGGGUGGAAGUUUGCCAUUCUAUAUUGACGAGUAUAGUAAAACUAUUCAAUUAAACUCGGUAGGAUCAAUCGAUGCCGGAACUUACAUCUGCCAGGCUACAAGUAGCAAAGGACGAACCCUAGAAAUACCAAUCGUUUUAGUUGUGACUGGUAUAAUUCCUUACUUCACUCAAGCACCAAAUAGUUUUAUCAGCUUACCAACCUUGACUGACGCUUACCUUCAAUUUAGCUUCGAAAUUUCCUUCAGACCAGAGACUGAUUAUGGACUUAUCCUUUAUAAUGGCAACAGGGAUAAGGAACGCGAGCAAGAUUUUAUUUCUCUGGCUUUGAAUAAUGGCGUUCCUGAGUUUAAGUUCAAUCUGGGACCUGGUACACCUACGACUACUGUGAGAGCGAAUGAAACCGUUACUGUAAGAGAGUGGCAUACUAUCAAAGUGGUCAGGAAUAGAAAGAGAGUUAUUAUGUAUAUCGAUGGUAAAGGACCAUAUAUUGGUGAAAAUGAGGGAAAAUAUUUCGGAUUAGACCUAAGCGAGCCAUUGUUCCUUGGUGGUGUUCCUGACUAUGAUCAUAUUUCACCGGAAGUAGGAAUCGAUAGAGGCUUAGUCGGUUGCAUAAGCAAAUUCAAGAUCGGCUACGCUUACCAAGAUAUCCUACACGAAUCAAUCGACUCUGUGGGCAUUACCAACUGUGAAACUUGUACCGAGAGUAAGUGUCAAAAUCAGGGCACCUGUCAAGAAGCACUAACCACCGAAGGCUACACUUGUAUCUGUCCUGCUAAAUACAGCGGCCCCACUUGCAAUAAACGGAAAGGAGAAGCUUGUUCGCCAUACGCAUGCGGUGUCGGGAGAUGCAUUGAUACUGAAUACAGCUACAAAUGUCAAUGCCCUCUAGGUCGUGGCGGUAGAAAUUGCGAGAAAACCGUACAGAUCUAUGAGGCAUCGUUUAAAGAUAACGCGUAUAUAGCUUACCCUCCACCAAGACCAUUGAAAAGGACAAGGAUCGAGAUGAGGAUUAAGCCUAGGGAUACCAGCGAUGGUAUUUUGCUUUAUGCGGCCGAAACUAAUGAAGGACAUGGAGACUUUAUUUCUUUAGCUGUUAAGGAUAGACGUAUUGAGAUGAGAUUUGAUAAUGGAAAAGGUCCACUAGUAAUAAGAAGCGACAACGAAAUCCAACCAAACCAAUGGUCAGCCAUCUUAGCUAUUAGAUCAGCGCAAGAUGGAAGAAUAAUGAUUAAUGGUCAUCCAUCUACCCCAGCAAGAUUUAACGCAUAUUUCAAGACUCCCACUUUAUUAACGCCCUUGUAUAUUGGAGGCUACGACCAGUAUAAUGUGAGAUUGAACCAAGGAGUUAAAGUGGAUACAGGUUUUAACGGCUGCAUCACUGAUAUUAACGUUUCUGGACUAGAUGAGGCUACUAGGAGGAAUAUCACUGAUUCGUCGAAUGUUGAAAACUGUUCUGAGGAGGAUGAUAUCGAUAACGGAAUCCCAUCAACUGGCAACUUCGAAAAUUCCAUAAAACCAGUAUUGCGUGACACCAAGAAAACAGGUUGCUCGAACAACCCUUGCAAAAAUAACGGAGCCUGCAUACCUCUUUCACCAGUUGCGAAUAAGUGCAAUUGUCCCCCCACUUUUACUGGACAACAUUGUGAAACUGCUGUAGAUUUGUGUCGAAACAGACCUUGUCAGAACGGCGGGAUCUGUAGCUUUAACAACACAGGUUUUACUUGUGAGUGCACGUUAGGUUAUACUGGAAAGACAUGCGACCAAAGAGUUGAACUGAGAAAUGACGCACACUUUGAUAAAAAUGGUUGGCUUGAAUUCAGCAAGAUUCUUCUACCACAUCGUUACGAACACGAAUCAGAAAUCAUUGCCAUGGAAUUCUCGACGAACAAAUCCGAUGGUCUGAUAUUCUGGCACGGACAGAAGCCUGAGGAAGACGGCCAUGAGCAAGACUAUAUUUCCUUAGCAUUGAAAAACGGAUAUUUAGAAUUCAGCUACGAUCUAGGAAGCGGCCCAGCUAUCAUCACGAAUACCCAAAUAAGAGUAGACGACGGUGAAAGACAUAGUGUCAUUCUAAAGAGGCAGGGACGUCAAGGUUCUAUCGAUAUCGAUCAUUCUUAUACUCAAGACGGCGAGUCUGAUGGAGAUGCUACGAGCAUGAAUACAAAUGGCAACAUUUACCUGGGAGGUCUGCCAAAUAUAAGCAAAAUGACAGGCAACAGAUUUAACAAAGGUUUUGAGGGUUGUAUACAUGGCUUUGAAUUGCAGCAAUCAAAAACCCUAGAUUUGGGAAUGAAGGCCAUUAAUGGAUUGAAUGUUAAGCCUUGUUCAAGGGACGACGAGUCUUUCUUCGUAGAAUCUGAAUAAAAAAUUGUGCAAAGGCUUUCGUGACAUUGACAACAACAUUUGGAACGAAGAACUGGUAAACUAAAAUAGAAAAAAUAAAAUCCUAGGAGUCGACUAUUUUAAAUAAUUUUUCCACUCAUCUUUUUUAUUAUAAGUUUUCGCUGUUCUGUUAUGUGUUCAUUUUGCUCUUAUUUUUAAACAAUGAAAAGACCUGUCAUUAAACACACGGGGUGCGGCAUAUGUAAAUAUGACAUUUUGUGGCAUCGCUAUUUUAGAGUUUAUUUUGCUUGGACCUCGUAUAAUACGGUUCUUUUCGCUUGUUCAGUAAUUAUAUUACGCUUUUUUUACUGCUUGAAAAUCUUAUUAUUGUAUUUAUUAUAAACUGCCAUUUAUUAUAAUUAUGACUACUCGUAUUAUAAUUAAUUGUUUGUUUUUUCUGAUUUUUAUACAUCUUUUUUAUACCUAUAUUUUCAUAAAAAAAGCGAUAUAUUGUAUAGAAAAAAUUGUGCCAUUGUAGGAACUAGAUAGCAAAGUCCAGUCCAAUUUUUUUGUUUAUUUGUAUAAUUUUCAUUUAGUCUUUAAAUGUAUGGUGCUAAAAAAACUAAUGUAUUAUGCGAUAAAGUAUUGUUUUUAGGAAAAUGAAAAAAAAAAUAUGGGGCACUAUCGCCCUAAGGCUUACCAUGUGAUUAUGAAAAAUACUGUAACAAACACGUAUCAUAUAAAGUGAUUAACAUUAAAAAAUAAUUAUUUCGCAAAUUUGUUUCUCACUUUUGGAUAUUUUCCAAAAACGUGUACCGAGUUAUUUGAAUUAACCAAGUUAUUGUAAAAACGCAUUUUUAAUAACAAAAAAGGACAAUAAAUAAGUAAUAUAUAA